AACUAGUAAGAAUUUCAAAACCAAAAUUCAUAUUUAGUACACUAAUGUUGAGACUUAUAGUUGAUUAGGUUUUAGUUGAAAUUGGUUCACGGAAACUUGGGGCUUACUCUUAUCCAAAAUUUUGAAAAAAUUGUUCAAAAUUUAAUUUAGAACAUUUUUGCAUUCUAUGGUUUUUCUCAUAAAUGCCAUACUUUUUGACAUAUUUGGAAAGUAUGUGAUGUUAUAUUAUACUCGUAAAAUGAUUUAAAGUAUGGUAAAGUCAUGUGCAUGGCCACAUCCGAUUUUUUUAUUUGAAGAGGUUUGAUUCCAUAGCCAUUGAAAAAUAGUAUAUUAUUAUACAAGUUUAAUAAGACGCUGUAUUAUCACACGAGUGUGUUUGAAGCACGACGAGCGUAGCGAGGAGUGCUUCAAUCGAACGACAAACAAAUGAAGAAAAUUUGCUAUGGCAAACGAAACAAAUUUUAUAAACAUCUAAUUUAAAUAUGCUGAAUAUUUUGAACAAAAUGAAUCGUUGAUUUUCUGAAACCUCAAAAAAACUAAUAUAUAGUUGUUUUUUAGCCAGAACCAAAUUUGACAUCAGUGAAGAGUUAGUUAGCGACAUUUUUUUUUACUGAUUUAGAGGGUACUGUGGUUGAGGAGGAUUGUAUUCACGAUUAUCUCAGUACUCCUAACUGCGUCCUAAAAAUAGGUGGAAUACACACACAUCAGGAACUUACAUCUUCUGAUUCUACCCUAUCCUUGACCAAAGAAACUCCUUCCGCCAUAGAAAUUGAGGAGUGGUUGAAAAAUGCCGAAAAAGAAUCUGAUCCAGAUCCAAACAACGUAUUUGUGCUUAAUAUCGACCAAGAUGGAUUUGUUAUUCCUCCAAAAAUCGAUAAAGAUUAUGCCGCAGGGGCAAAAAAUGAACAUGUAAAUGGAAAGAUGCUAAAAGAAUUUUUACAUAAUAAUGGGGGAGAAAACAUUUUGGAGGAAUAUGACAAAAACAAAAUUUUAACAAACCGGACCCGGAAAGAGUUAGUUAAUUUAACGGUCCGCAUGAUGAUAAAAAAUUAUGGAACUUCUUUGUCGAAAGAAAUUAAAGUGGAAUUUGCUAAAGCACUUGUUGAACUGUUUCCCAAGCUAAAGGACCCAAACAGUACCAAGGGAGGAUAUGAAAUAUUUUAUGAUGAUUCCCAACGAACUCCUAGUGGGUAUUUAGCUUGGAGGUUGAGGACCGUUGUUAGAACCAUGCCCAGUUUUCAUAAGAAAAGAAAACAAUUGGCAAUUACUACGAACGAUCCAAAAAAAAGGAAGCUUUCGCAUACAUUAAAAGAGCAAGAGCUUGCUGAUAUAGAGUUUUUGAAAAAUGCGUGCACUAAAACUCAAAAACAUGAAAUAUUUCAAAAAAUGAAAAAUACCCUAGACUGCAGAAUAAACAAUGAUUUUUCACUUAAUGACUACCCAAGAUUCCUAGACACGCCAGGGCUUAUUGAACAAGAUUUUACCUUAUUGUACCCAAACGCCAACCAAUUUGAUAUUGAAUUUGAAAAAUACGUGAACAAGAUACUAGCUGUGUAUGAAGCAACUAUUUCUAACAAAUCAACGGAUAUUGAAGUAUUAAUUAUAGCUUGGGACAAGAAUACACAAGCCCUACUUGCAAUCCUUCAUAUGCUGCCUUCUACCGCUAAAGGAAGAAAAUCUGGUGGCUACUCCAGGGACACGUUGAAUUCUUUGUUUCAGAAAUUAAUAGUAUUUUCGUCGGUUGGAGAUCCACUAGAAGCCAUCAUAGGUGCCGCAAAAGGAAGUCAACCUUACCUAAUCGCUAUUGGUUCUAACAAGGCAGCAAUUCAUGAUUUUAAAGUAGUCGUAGAUAACAAAUUUUUAGAAACAGGUCAGAGCUCAAUUUUGCAAGCGUUUGAUUUUCUGUUUAAAACUUAUUUCGUAUUUAAAAUCAAAUUUGAUGUUGGACUAGAAACAUUUUUUACUUUUAUUCAGGAUUUUUUUUAUAACAUAGAGACGGAUAAUAUCCAUUAUACCACUAAAAUGAGGGAGCUUAAGAAUAGGAUUCUCAAUUUUUGAAUACAAUUUUAAUGGGUAUUUUACUUAAAACUAUUAUUGAAAAAGUAUUGAAGUAAAGACGCACAGACAAAGUUUGUGGAAUAUUUUAUUAAAUUUUAUUUGAUAAAUUAAUAAA